AGAGUAAGGCAACUCGUUAAGAAACUCGGACUAGGGCAUAUGGGUUGGGGGUGAAAGUGCAGGUAGUAAUGGCGCCAAAGGCAAGGUCGGAUCCUAAUGGAAUAUUCUCUGGAAUGGUCGUCUUCCUCGUCGAUAACGGCGUCCAGAGACGUCGUCUGCAGAUAUGGAAGCAAAAGCUUGUACAGAUGGGAGCAAUCAUAGUAGAAGAAGAAGAAGGUUUGUCUCGGAAUGUCACUCACGUCUUCGCAACUGAUUCCGCCUCACUUGGCCUCAAAUUUCGCCCCAAACUAUUACAGCGCUUCAAAGGGGCCAUUCUUCUUUAUCAGUGGUUGGAGGACAGCUUGAGGCUUGGAGAGAAAGUUAACGAAGAAUCCUACAGUAUACAGUUGCCUAAUGAGCCAAAAUCUGGUGACCCUCAGUUACACCUUUCUAAAAAGCUGAAAACGUCUCCCGGUCCACAAAUCAAGGAUAAAUCCUUGAAUGAUUCAGGCUCAUCCCCGGAAAGCCCUUCAAGCAUUAGCCCAGUCAACACUGAUGGUCAACAGACUUCUGUUGGUGCACAAAAUGCUUCCUUGCAUUAUCAUCCUCCUGAUUUAAAUAGAAAUAUUACUGAAAUAUUUGGCAAGCUUAUCAAUAUAUACAGAGCUUUGGGUGAUGAUCGGCGGUCCUUCAGUUAUUACAAGGCGAUUAAUGUUAUUGAAAGACUGCCGUUUAACAUUGAAAGUGUGGAUCAAGUCAAAGACUUACCCGCUAUUGGGAAGUCCAUGCAGGAUCAUGUACAAGAAAUUGUUACGACUGGGAAAUUGUCCAAGUUGGAACACUUCGAGAGUGACGAAAAGGUACGAACAAUUAGCUUGUUUGGGGAAGUAUGGGGGAUUGGUCCAGCGACUGCACUGAAACUGUAUGAAAGAGGACACAGGAGUCUUGAUGAUUUGAAAAAUGAUGCCACACUCACAAAUUCACAGCGGUUAGGGUUGAAGUAUUUUGAAGACAUCAGAACUAGGAUACCACGAGAUGAGGUACAAGAGAUGGAGCAUUUGCUACAGAGAGCUGCAGAAGAUAUUUUACCUGGAGUGAGUGUUGUUUGUGGAGGAUCAUUCAGACGUGGGAAGGCUACUUGCGGGGAUAUGGACAUUAUAAUUACACAUCCUGAUGGGAAAAGCCAUAUAGGUUUUCUACCCAAGUAUGUAAAUCAUUUGAAAGGCAUGAACUUUUUGAGAGAGGAUUUGGUCUUCAGUAUUCACAGCGAGCAGGGUACUGAUUCCGGAGUUGAUACAUACUUUGGUCUUUGCACUUAUCCUGGUCGUGAGCUCCGGCAUCGCAUUGAUUUGAAGGUGUACCCAAAGGAUAUAUAUCCUUUUGGGCUUAUACAUUGGACGGGGAAUGAUGUGGUGAACAGAAGACUGAGAAUACUUGCAGAAUCCAAAGGGUUCCGACUAGAUGAUACAGGGCUUUUCCCUGCAACUCACGGAUCUGGUGGGAAAAGGGUCAGUGGUAGCACAAGUUUGAAGUUUAACUCAGAAAAGGAAGUGUUUGACUUUCUUGGAUUUCCAUGGCUUGAACCACGAGAACGCAAUAUUUGACAGACAUGUGGGGUGUUAUGUAGAUAGGAAGGGGGCUGUUUGUAUAUAACGGUUGUUUUUUCAAGUGUGUAGGGCCAAAACUGUAAUCCAUUUUGUGUUGUUCAAUGCGUUUGUAAUAAUAAUUUUGCUCUAGUUCUUAAGAGUAAUGAAUUGCCAUAUUUAACAACUUAGAUUAGACAGUUUGUUUUGGUUUAGUUUGGUUUGAUGGGAUCGGUUUAUAUGAAACUCAAAUUUUUGUUA